CCCUCCUCCUCAGCUCCAUGCCCACCUCACCUGCUCCUCGCCUCCUCUCUGCCCGUCUCCUGUCGCUCCGAUCUUGGUUGGCUCCAGAUGAUUCUCCCCAGAUCCGUCCUGACUUUCUUGCUACUUCUGGAGAUGGUGAAUUCUGGGUCCAGGAAGCAGGCUUUCAGCACAAUAUCCUGACAUACCAUCAGAGCAAAGUGUACACCUAGUGAGAGAACGUUAUGACCUCAAGUUUCUGUAAACCAGACCACGGCUGUUUCUCUAUCGGACACAAUACAGAAGUGGAGAGAAUACAGAGAGCAGUGUAUGAAGACUUUACACCACACCCCGACCACCCUGACCGGGAGGUUCUGUAAUCGCACAUUUGAUGAUUACGCUUGUUGGCCGGACGGAGUUCCUGGAACGUAUGUGAACGUUUCCUGCCCCUGGUAUCUCCCCUGGGCACAUAAAGUGAUACAUGGCAGAGUGUUCCGAUACUGCACUCUGGAGGGGACGUGGCUGGUGAAGGAAGGGAAGGACAAUGGGACUGUACCAUGGAGGAACCUGACCGAAUGUGAGGACAGAUCCCUGAAGGUCCAACCAGAAGAUCAGUUAUCAUCCCUGUCCAUUAUAUACACCAUAGGAUACUCCCUGUCCUUCUCCGCACUCGUCAUCGCUACAUUCAUCCUGGUGAUAUUCAGACAUCUCCACUGUACGAGGAACUACAUCCACCUGAACCUCUUCACCUCCUUCAUACUGAGAGCCAUUUCUGUCUUCAUAAAGGACUCGGUGCUGCGGUGGAUGUAUAACAUCGCCAUCCACGACAACCAAUGGGAAGGACUCAUCUCCUACCAGGAGUCGCUCAGUUGCCGCCUGGUCUUCGUGAUGAUGCAGUACUGCGUGGCGGCGAACUACUACUGGCUGCUGGUGGAGGGGAUCUACCUGCACACCCUGCUGGUGCUUUCCGUCUUCUCCGAGCAGCGGCUCUUCAGCUUCUACCUGUGCAUCGGAUGGGGUGUGCCUAUGCUGUUUGUCCUCCCGUGGGGUGUAGUGAAGUACCUCUAUGAAGAUGAUGGUUGCUGGACACGAAAUUAUAACAUGAACUACUGGCUCAUCAUCCGCCUGCCGAUCCUCAUCGCCAUCGGGGUGAACUUCGUCAUCUUCAUCCGAGUCAUCUGUAUCAUCAUCUCAAAGCUGCAGGCGAAUCUGAUGUGCAGAACAGACACCAAGUGCAGACUCGCCAAGUCCACCCUGACGCUGAUUCCGCUGCUGGGGACGCACGAGAUAAUUUUCGCCUUCAUCACCGAUGAACACGCCAAAGGAUCCUUACGCUACAUCAAGCUGUUCUUCGAGCUUUCCUUAAGUUCCUUCCAGGGCCUGAUGGUCGCUGUAUUGUACUGCUUCAUUAACAAUGAGGUGCAGGCGGAGUUCCAGAGGAGAUGGGAUCGCUGGCGGUUGGAACACAUCUACAGCCAACGUGACAGCAGUAUGAAGCCCAUUAAGUUUCCCGCCAAUAGCCUGAGCAGCGGGGUGACCGUGGGCAGCAGUGUUUAACCGGAUCUUCUCACAGCCGGAUACCCACUGCCCAGACAUGAACUCUGGAGCGACCAAAGGAAAUCUCCCGAGCGCAAGAGCCAUCGUUCUGCACAAGACGCCGUCCUCCUGCUGUUUCUGACAUUGACAUUCAGCUGCUUUCGUCUCUGUGCUUGUGUCUGCGGUUGGCCGACCCUCUGCUCCGUCCUCAGGGGAAGAUCCUUGAGGGGGCGGAGAGGGGGCGGAGCUUCUCCACGUCUCAGGUUGUGCACAGAUGGACACCGGCCAUGGACUCUCUUGGAUACAGGUUUUAUUGCAUUGAUGGAUUAUUUGGACCAAUAUAUGAGGCCUCCAGAACAUUUCCAGGGGUCUUCAGGGGUCUUCAUGUUAAAGUGACAGUGCUUUAUUUUCUCUUUGAAUGUUCUUCACCAGCGUCUUCACCCGUCUCCAUGGAUGUUCCCAGUUGCCUAUAACCUGAGGACAUCGGGUGGGAGGGAUCUACAUGGUUGUUCGGUGAUAAUAUGGCAGAAAUGAUCUUCUAGGGCAGAAUUUCCUUAUCCCACCACAAGACAAUCCCUAAGACUUUAUCUUCUCUAUCACCUUCCAGCUAUCAAUGGACGCCGGUCAAUAUCUUGGCAUUUGUCACCAUCAUGAGUGAUUGGGCACUGUCCACGUGUUGUUGGCAUCAUGUGCGGGCGGCAUAAACUUCUUCUAGGCUUCUGCCCUCUCCGUGCACCUCUAAGAUAGAAACCACAAAGAGGAACAUAGCCAAAGGUCACCAAGGGUCACACCACGACUGGGGUCACUGUUGUUGGUGAUGGCCGUGGGGUGUCGGAGCUUCUCCAGCAGUGGAUGGUGGUGCAGAUAGGAAGAGAGCAAUGCCCCCCCCCCUUAC